AGGGAGAUAACUAAAGUUACAUUUCCGGUAGAAAAUAAACAAAGUGUAGCGUGGGAGAGAAGCUUGUUUUCGAAUUUGAAAUGAAUAUCCGAGGCCCAGUCCCAAUGGGUCCAGAUGUGUUUGCAUCGCCUGAGACUGAGGAGCAGCAGAGGAUACGGUUCCAGGUGGAGCUGGAAUUUGUCCAGUGUCUGGCCAACCCCAACUACCUAAACUUUCUAGCACAGCGUGGCUACUUCAAGGAGAAUUAUUUCAUCAACUACCUGAAGUACCUGCUAUACUGGAAGGAGCCAAAGUACGCCAGAUACAUCAAUCAGCGGAAGCGGAUGUCGCUGCUCCAGGCUCAAGCUGACCAGGCUGCUGCAAGGGGAGAUAAGCCAAUACCAUGAUGGUAAAGUCGAGCCAAGACCUCGUGGAUGGUCACAACUGCCAACCUUGACAAAAGUGUUAACAGUGCUGAACAAUGCUGGUUUCUCUCAUAACAGUAUUAACACAUCUAAAUGUGCUGGAAGGGAGAUAACUCACGUGAAGGACAGAGGAUCUCAAGACAUUAUUCAAAUAUGGUUGUAUUAUAUCCUUUACAUACCACUGAGCAAAGGGAGACUAUCUGUAUUAGGAGCUGUGUGAGUAUGGAGACAGGACACAUUGACAGAUUAACAGGAUGUUCUUAUCGGUUCUACAAUGGAACCAGCAGAUAUGUGGAACAAGGUGUGUUGUAGGUCUGAAGAUAACUUGAUGCAGCAAGGAAAUGGGAACACCCUUUUGUAUUUUCUGUGAAAUCAGAAUUUAAAAUGUUCUCUGUUUGUAGAAAUUUGUACGUAUGGAGAAUCUUUAUAAAUUUUGAUUUUUCUCAAA